UUAAUAAUUAAUAGUGAUCCAUUUGCAAAUUAUCACUUUGAAUUUGAAUGAAUAUUAUUAUAAUUAUUUAUAUUUAAAAAUUGAUUAAUUUCCCUCCAACUACCCUCCCCACUUCUUCUUCUUCCUUCUCCAAAGACCUCUCUGUAUAUUUAACUCCCCACCCAAAAUCAUCCAAUCUCCACAUCUCCCCAAAAAAUGGCGUCCCGUCUUUUCCUCCUCCCCGCCGUCCUCCUCCUCCUCGCGAUCUCCGCCGUCCCUUCCUCCGCCGACGACGACGACUGCGUCUACACGCUCUUCGUCCGCACCGGAUCCAUCUUCAAAGGCGGCACCGACUCCGCCAUCGGCGCGUGGCUCUACGACACCAACGGAUACUACCUCAAGAUCUCAGAUCUGCAGUCGUGGGCCGGGCUGAUGGGCCCGGGUUACAACUACUACGAGAGGGGCAAUCUCGACAUUUUCAGCGGCCGGGCGCCCUGCCUCACCGCCCCGAUCUGCGCCCUCAACCUCACCUCCGACGGCUCCGGCGACCACCACGGCUGGUACUGCAACUACGUCGAGACCGCCGUCACGGCCGUCCACGGCUCCUGCAGCCAGCAGACCUUCACCGUCGAGCAGUGGCUCGCCACCGACGUCUCGCCGUACGAGCUCUCCGCGGUCCGGAACUUCUGUCCGUACGAUCUGGGCGCCGCCGGGGACAGGAAGGUCCGCGACGUGCGGCAGCGGAGCUCCUCCUCCCCCGCCGGCGGGAGGGCCGCCUCCGCCGUGUUGCGGCAGGUGGUCGCCGCCGCUUAGAUUAGCUGUUAAUCUAAUCCCCCACGGUUUUAUGUGUACUGAGGAAAUUAUCGUGUGUGGCCAGUAGUAGUGUCGACUCUAUGUACUCUUAGUUCGAUAAUAAAUGAUUCCUUUUGUCUUUGCUUAAAUCCAAUUAGAUUAUCUAAUCACUUAGUAACAAUUGAAUUUUAAAACCCACUAAUUUUAAACAAUUCAUUCAAUAUUCCAUUCAUAUUAUGAGAAAA